UACUCUCUUCUUUUUUCAACAUUUCUUAAGAUUUUUAAGAAUCCUUUUAUUUAAUUUUCCUCUUAAGUGUGUUCUUGCUUCAAAAAUUAUAACUAUGGUUUCAAAGUUGAUAACUUUGGCCUCACAUGAAGCCCCAAAUAAGUUAGAACUUUCUCUAAGAGAAGCUAUACUUCUUCAACCUAAAUUAACACCCCCAUUAAAGUUAAUUAUCCCUUCCCCUGAAGAGUACUUAAACCUUAAUAAGGCAAUUAUUUAUGGGGUUCUAUGUGAACCCACUUUGUCCAAAAUUCAUAUAAAGUAUUUACAUGCAAUUGUCACAGAUGGGUAUUGCUUAUUUAUCAAUUUACUUUCAGAAAUUGUUGAUGGGUUGUUUUCAAAGAUGUUGGAAUCUCCAAAAGUUCAGUUGAUUUGGGUUGCUUCUGUUAUGAUUGAUGUUUGUGGCAUAGGUUUUGACAGUCUUUUGGUGUCUAUUUUGAGGCAAAUUGUUGGUGGGGAUUUUAGUGAUGGGAAUUUGUGGCUCAGCUAUGAGAUGGUCAGUUUGUUUUUGUGUAAAUGGGAUUUGAUUUUGGAUGAGGACCCAAUUGUUAUGUCUAGUGCUUUGUAUACAUAUCUUAGGUUGUUGGCUGAUCACUAUCGGAUUGCGUGUAAUCCGAGGUCGGUAGAGUUGAAGAGAAAGGAGAUAGGGUUUUGUGUUAGAAUGUUGAGAGAGCAGUUUCAUUUGUGUUUAAGAAUUGGGAGGGAUUUGGUCCGUCUUUUACAGGAUUUGGCUCAUGUUCCUGAGGUUCGAGCUAUAUGGAAAGAUCUAUUGCUGAAUCCAGGUUCAUUUGGGAGUUCUAGGUUUUCGGAUAUUUCUGAUAUUUAUGGCAUUAGAACAUCGAGUAGGUAUUUCUUGCUUAGAAUAACUCCUGAAAUGGAGACUCAGUUGAGGUUUCUGCUUACCCAUGUAAAGCUGGGAUAUCAGAGAAGGCACCAGACAUGGUUCACUAGGAAAUUCCUUUUUGCACGGAGAGAGAGACUCUUGUCUGUGACAUUGUUCGCUUCAUUUGCUGUGCCCACCAUCCCUCAAAUGAAGUACUUCAAUCAGAUGUGAUCCCGAGGUGGGCUGUUAUUGGCUGGUUGUUGAAAUUAUGUUCAAAGAAGUACUUUGAAGCUAAUGUGAAACUGACCUUGUUUUAUGAUUGGCUUUUUUUUGAUGAAAAGGUGGACAACUUUAUGAACAUUGAGCCUGCGAUGUUGU